AUGGAACCCGGACCGUCACGACUCGCAGCAGCUUUAAAUACCAUGGGCGGCAACAGCAUCCACGACGCUCCCCCCAUCGACGACAUUGACAUGCACGACCCCUUCAACAUGGAUUUCAUGGACGAGGCAAACCAGCUAGAGUCUACGUUCUAUACCGCAGGCUACGACGACGGGUUUGCCCACGGCCGCCUGCACGGCCUGUUUGAGGGCCGCCAACUGGGGCAGGAAAAGGCCUGGGAGCUGUGGGAGGAGGUCGGCUUCUACGAGGGCUUUGCACGCACCUAUCUCGCCAAGCUGGGCGACUCGUGCGCCGACGUCUGCGGUGCGCGUCGCGGCGCCAAGAGCGUCGCCCAUGCUCGUACCCUCCUCAGCCUCAUCGACUCGUUCCCCACCGAAAACCCCACACCGGUCCCGGACAAGCCGAUCGACAUUGACUCGGACGACGAGGACGCAAAGGCUCAGGCCGAGCAGCGUAUCCAAGAGGCAGCGGACGCCAGCCCCGACCUCGCGUCUUUGCUCAGCAGCAUCCGCGCUAGGUACAGGUUACUCUGCACCAGCGUCGGUGUCCGUCCCCGCAUGGUCACUGCGGCAAGGGAUGGCACAGACGGCAGGAGCGCCGGCGCGGGAGUCAUUGAGGGCAUCGACGGACCGAUGAAGGGCGUCGACACCCGCCAGCUCAAGUUCUAG